GUUAAAGCAAACACAGCUGCCAGUUCUCUGUAUAUACAAAAGUUCGUGUAACCUAAAAUAAAAGGCUUGAUUCAGAAAGAUACUCGGACCUAACGCCAAUAAGGUUGGACGUGUAUGAGUACGUUUUUCUCCGCUUGCUGAAGUUAAUAAAGCCUCGGAAGGACAGGGGCAACACCGUCCUGCAAUGUUCACAGAGAUGGACUAUGAAUUGGAAGAAGACAAACUGGGAAUCCCAACAGUACCUGGCACUGUCACUUUGAAGAAAGAUGCUAAUAACCUUAUUGGCAUCAGUAUUGGUGGCGGGGCACAGUACUGUCCAUGUCUCUAUAUCGUCCAGGUCUUUGAUAACACCCCGGCAGCUCUGGAUGGGACCCUGGCAGCAGGCGAUGAAAUCACAGGUGUGAACGGGAAACCAGUGAAGGGAAAAACAAAAGUGGAGGUGGCCAAGAUGAUUCAAGCUGUCCAGGGAGAAUCAGUAAUCCAUUACAACAAACUGCAGGCCGACCCAAAACAGGGGAAGUCCCUGGAUAUCGUCCUGAAAAAAGUCAAACAUCGCCUCGUGGAGAACAUGAGCUCAGGCACAGCGGACGCUCUCGGACUCAGUAGAGCCAUUCUGUGCAACGCUAAAGGAAAUUGGUGAUGCUGAACACUCAGAGAAGAAGUCCCAAGAAGAAGAUCAAGUCUGGUCCGUGGGAAACAAAGGAGAAAGGUACCUUGGAUGUGGGUCUGUGUGGAAAUGAGAAGAAGCGAUCAACAAACAUUUCUGAAGAAAACAAAAAGACACAAAGAAAAGAGUUUGAAGAAGUACUCAGCAGACUUCACCUUCUGGACAGAUAUCAACACAAGUUUUCACCAGCAGAUCUUGCUAAAAUAUGUCCAUCUGUGAAACAGAACAAUGACACAUCUGAGAAAGAUCUGGCCCAAACUUUCCUUCAGAAGUUGAUGAUGUUAGAUUACAGAGCCAGAUACAUCCCUGUACGGAAAGACAGUUCUGAGGUGAACCAGUCCCAGUCUGUUCAGGUUUCUGGCAGUGAUGAUACAGAUGACAGUGCUCUUUUUAGCACCGUUGUACUUUAAGGUACAGAAGUUAAUAUUCUUGGGUCUGUUUAAGGAGAUUUAACUAUCAGCCUCAGCAAAGAGGUCCCGACCUCCUCCUCUCUGGAAACCUCGUCCUCCUCCAGAAGAUACCAAACUGUCCUGGAUCUGCCCCGAGUCUCCGUCUGUCAGUUAUGCUUCAUUGUUUUUAAUAAUCUGGGGUAUUAAAUUAAAACUACACUAUGUUGCAGUGCUACUACUGACCACACGAGGGCGGCAUGUCAUGGGAAGGUUCACGAAUCAUCCUGGCAUUGGACACUGUAGUGUCUCUCAAGUGGGACAAAGACUUGGUACAAACAUGACAUGAAUAUGAAUACCAGUAUACAAAUUUAGGCAGUUUUGCUGGUCCUGUAUGAUAUACAAACACAGCAUUUCAGAUACUAUAAUUAGACACACGAUCAUUUCAUCUAGAAGACACAGUUCUGUAUUCUGGAGUAAAGACUUUUAAUUUGAUAUAGAUGUGUUUUUUAUAUCCACAACCAACAUCAUGUACCUGUGAUAUUCAGCAAAGACUUGUUUACAUCAAUAAAGAUGAAGAUAUUUAUCAUAAUACAUAACUAUGUGGUGAAUACAUUUGCAUUCUUUUUUACUGCUUUCAAUACUGAUUUUUAUCAGAGGACAGUGUCCUUACCUUCUGUUACCAAUCUUUGUUAUGCUUUUUUUUUCGUGUGUGUGUGUGUGUGUGUGUGUGUGUGUGUGUGUGUGUGUGUGUGUGUGUGUGUGUGUGUGUGUGUGUGUGUGUGUGUGUGUGUGAGAGAGAGGAAGAAAGCCGGCUCUGCCCUGUACUACAGUCUCCAUCCUGUAGAGGUGGUGGGGGAGAGGAGGACGGUGGCUAAACUGUCAUCCAUCAUGGACAAUGUCUCCCUCCCCCUUCAUGAGACUGUCAGAGCUGGAGAGUUCCAUCAGUGAUCGGCUUCGUCACCUGCGAUGCGUCACUGAGAAGCAUCGCAGGUCCUUCCUCCCCGCUGCCAUCAGACUCCACAACCAGGCCUGCUCUCAGUAGUAAUGGACAAUAACAACAAGAUGUGCAAUAUCUCUCUACCUCAUACACAUCCUAGCUGCUUUUUUUGCACUGUUUUCCUUUUUUUUCUCAUACUGCACUAUUUUUAUUCAACUGUAUAUACUGUUUAUAUUUUGUAUUUAUAUAUUUUUUAUUUUUUUAUCCUUUUUUAGCUGCAUGUGUGUGUUGUGUGUACAGCUGCUGCUCAAAGUGAAUUUCCCCAAU